AUGAGCUCUCGCCGAUCAAACCCGAGAGGCUUCGUCGUCUCAAGACUGGAGGCGAUGAAGGAGGCCACCGCCGGCGUCAGCGAAGGUGACGGCCUGGAGUCCAGCGUCUUCUUCUUUGUGGCCGUGACGUCCAGGGCCAAGAAGGACAGGCUAUCGUACUUCCGGUCCAGCGAGGUUGGCGAGGACGCGGAGGCGUCCCGUGCCCUGGCGGCGCUCUGCCUCGACCACGCGCCGGAGCACCACCGAUGGCACCAUCACACCUACGACGGCAGACGCACGUUCGCGGUCCUUGCAGCCGAUGAUGGCCGCACGUACCUCGCCGUCGCGGAGCCCACGCCGGGCAGCUCCGAGGUCGUCCGCUUCCUGGAGCGCGUCCGUGACACGUGCAACGCCAUGCCCAGGAGGAGGCUGCGCGACGAAGCAGUGUCCGGCCUCGUGCGGCAGUUCGCGCAGACGCUUCAGGCCGGGACGAGCUCCUCCGCGGCUGCAAACUCGAUGGUAUUCCCCGGCGACGGUUCAUGGAGCGAGCAUGCUUCCGACAAGGACGAGGAGGCGCAGCCGGAGGACGGGGCGCCACGCAGGCGGCCAGGACGGCCCUCCUGGAGGCGCACGUGGUGGCGGCGGCACGCCAUGGCCGUGAUCGGUGUGGACGUGGUGCUGUGCCUGGUCCUGUUCGGCGUGUGGAUGGCCGUGUGCCAUGGGUUCAGCUGCGUGCAGCGAUGA